AUGCGCAUCAGGGAUCCCUGGAAAAAGCCGAAGAAGAAAUUUGAGGAGCAAGCUUGCAGAUCUCCGAUCAACCGAGAAGAGGAGAGGAAUGCAUUAUGUGAAGCACACACGGGACCUGCCAAGUUUUACGUGUCUGAGUCAACGCCUGUCAAUGCUCGCGACAAGCUCUACUUAUGCCUCCCUCAAUUUGUGAACUUGAACCUCCUCGGGAAUCCUGUGGCUCGGCGGGCAGACAAGACACAUCACAGCAAAAAGCGGGUGUUAGAAGGACAUAGGGAACUAAUGCCCUCGCUGCAUCAAAUGGUGUUUAUUCGCCUCAUGCAAACAAGUUAUCGAGAAAAACCUCAUGGGGGAAGGCGCCAUGUAUGGCAUUUUCCCUCGAAGCACAGCCUGGACUCGACAUGGAGCUGCUGGAGUCCGGAUGCAUUGCACAUCGUCGGCGAGUCUGAAGACGGAACGGCGAUCAUCGUGGGACAUCCUAUCAGAACUAGCCACUCGCAUGUAUAUGCAGUACGCUAUUCAUCUGAUGGAUUACCUUUCGGGACGUCAGGACAAGAGGUGCUUCACUCUGUAGAAGCAUACCAUUUAUUGCAGCAGGUCCAUUGCAUCGUACGGACCUCAUAUGAUAUAAUUCUCUGGGCUGUAUUGAUGGAGUUGUACAGAAACAAGAGAGUGCUUGCCACUAGUGGUAUCGACAAGAAUGUGUAUAUCUGGGAUCUUCAGGCGCUGUUUAGAGAUAUCAAUCGAGCUAGAACCGUUACUGUGAACGUCUACAGCUGGUCACUUGCUACUCAAUGGUCUUCUGAUGCGAUACCAGACAUUAAUAUUUCUGGCGCAUCGCCUCCGGUACAAGACCAUAGCAUGAGCGUUGCACAGCGCCGUGAAGUUCCUUAUUCAGAACUGUUGGCCAAGUCGCUGAGAAGCUUACUACUAGGCGUCUAA